AUGCCUCUGUGCGGCGAGUCCCUGGCUGCAGGACGGCGGCGUGAAGUUUCCCCUCCUGCUGACACGUCUGCUCCUCCUCCUCCUCCUCCUCCUCAUCCUCCUGGACUCAUCGCUCCUCUGAGCCCCCGCCUGGCUGAGGAGGAGGAGGAGGAUGAAGAGGAUGAAGGCUCAGUGAAACAUGAUAACACUCAGCGUCUCCGUGGCAACCAGCCGUCCAUAGUAACAUCACAGAAGAAGAGAAGAAGACCCUGCAGCUCUGCCCCCAGCUCAGAGGAGGAGGAGGAGGUGAAAACAGAGGAGGUGAAAACAGAGGAGGAGGAGAAAACUGAUGAGGAAGAGGAGGAGGAGAAAACAGAGGAGGAGGAGAAAACUGAUGAGGAAGAGGAGGAGGAGAAAACAGUGGAGGAGGAGGGAAAGGAGGAGGAGGAGGUGAUGGUGGUGAAGCAGAAGGAAGAGGACAGAGGUGUCAAACCUCUGAAAGAGAAGAAAGAGGAGACGCAGAAGACAAGGAGGCCGAGGAGGAGGGCUGUGGGUCCACCAAUCAGAUACCUGCUGGAGUUUGAGGAGCAGGAGGAGAUGAAAAGACUGUACAGGAGGCUGAGGAGGAGUCAUCAGCAGGAGGAGGAGGUGGAAGAGGAGGAGGAGCAGGAGGGAGAGCAGCAAGAGGAGGAGGAGCAUCAGGAGGUGAAAAGACUGUACAGGAGGCUGAGGAGGAGUCAUCAGGAGGAGGAGGAGGAGGGAGAGGAGGAGCAGGAGGGAGAGCAGGAGGAGGAGAAGGAGGAGGAGCAGCAGCAGGAGGAGCAGCAGGAGGUGAAAAGACUAUACAGGAGGCUGAAGAGGAGUCAUCAGGAGGAGGAGAGAGAGCAGGAGGAGGAGAUGGAAGAGGAGGAGGAGGUGGAGGAGGAAGAGGAGGAGGGAGAGCAGCAGCAGCAGGAGGAGGAGGACAAGGUGGAGCAGGAGGAGGAGGAGAAGGAGCAUGCAUGCAGGCCGAGGAGGAGCGCUGUGGGUCCACCAAUCAGAUACCUGCUGGAGUUUGAGGAGCAGGAGGAAGAGAGAAGGCUGUACAGGAGGCUGAGGAGGAGCCAUCAGGAGGAGGAGGAGGUGGAAGAGGAGGAAGAAGAGGAGGAAGAGGAGGAGCAGGAGGGAGAGCAGCAGGAGGAGGAGGAGCAGCAGGAGGUGAAAAGACUGUACAGGAGGCUGAAGAGGAGUCAUCAGGAAGAGGAGGAGCAGGAGGGAGAGCAGGAGGAGGAGAAGGAGGAGGAGCAGCAGCAGGAGGAGCAGCAGGAGGUGAAAAGACUGUACAGGAGGCUGAAGAGGAGUCAUCAGGAGGAGGAGAGAGAGCAGGAGGAGGAGAUGGAAGAGGUGGAGGAGGAAGAGGAGGAAGAGGAGGUAGAGGAGGGAGAGCAGCAGCAGUGGGAGGAGGAGGACAAGGUGGAGCAGGAGGAGGAGGAGAAGGAGCAUGCAUGCAGGCCGAGGAGGAGCGCUGUGGGUCCACCAAUCAGAUACCUGCUGGAGUUUGAGGAGCAGGAGGAGGAGAGAAGACUGUACAGGAGGCUGAGGAGGAGCCAUCAGGAGGAGGAGGAGGAGCAACAGGAGGAGGGGGAGCAGGAGGAGGAGGAGCAGGAGGAGGUGAACGGUCACCACGGCAACGUAGACGGUUGUCACAGCAACAGGGCAGAGGCAGGCGGUGAUGAUACACAGCAGCAGGUGGAGGAGCAGGAGGAGGAGCAGGAGAGGCCUGCCAAAAAAAUUCAGCGAGAAAAAGGUGGAGGGAGGAAGAGGAGGAGGAGGAGGGAGGAGGAGGUGAAAAAGGAGGCGACGGAGCAGCUGCAGAGGCCGAGGAGGAGGAUGGUUGGUCCUCCAAUCAGAUACCUGCUGGAGUCAGAGGAGCGGUCACAUGACCUGAGAGUCAAUCAGAAGAGGAAGACGGAGGCUGGGGGCGGGGCUUCAGAGGACAGACAGACCCACCUGCAGAGUCACAUGACUCUCACCUGCUGGGUCCGACUGCAGCGCCUCCUCUGAUUGGCUCAUCACUUCAUCACAUGACUUUCAGUUUCAGUUUGAAGCCGAUCAGCUGAGGUGUUCUUCAGGUGCUCCUCAGUUGCUCCUCACGUGCUCCUCAGGUGUUCCUCAGGUGCUCCUCAGGUGUUCCUCAGGUGCUCCUCAGGUGUUCCUCAGGUGCUCCUCAGGUGCUCCUCAGGUGUUCCUCAGGUGCUCCUCAGGUGUUCCUCGGGUGUUCCUCGGGUGUUCCUCGGGUGCUCCUCGGGUGCUCCUCGGGUGUUCCUCGGGUGCUCCUCGGGUGCUCCUCAGGUGCUCCUCAUGUGUUCCUCAGGUGUUCCUCAGGUGCUCCUCAGGUGUUCCUCAGGUGUUCCUCAGGUGUUCCUCAGGUGCUCCUCAGGUGCUCCUCAGGUGUUCCUCAGGUGUUCCUCAGGUGCUCCUCAGGUGCUCCUCAGGUGUUCCUCAGGUGUUCCUCAGGUGCUCCUCGGG